AUGAAUCCCCUCCACCCCCCCCGCACUCCACGGCCGCGCAGGGGCCGCCCCCACCCGUCGUACUCGGCCCGGACGCUAGUCGAAGCCCCACCCCCUCCUCCCACUGCCCUCCUCCCCCCCCGCCCCUUGCCCCCCCGCCCUAGCCAAGCCGGUCCGCCGCCCGUCCUUGCUCUCGCCCGCGACCACCAUCCCCCCCACGUGCGUGCCGUCUCGCCCGAACGGCCUCGCCCCCGCACCUCCUUGGCGCCCCCCCUCCACUCCCCCCUCCGCCGCGCCCCCGUCGCGCCACCUAGCGGCCCCCCUCCACAGUCACCCCGCGCCCCCCCCACUCCCCGCGACGCUAGGCCCCCCUCCCGCCCACCCCGGCCCCACCCGCGGCCAGCCCCCUCUUGCCCCGCCGCCAACCGCAAGCACGGGCCGACCGUGCGCCCCACCGUGCCACUGGCCCACCCCCCCGGCGGCCAGCCCCCCGUCCCCGUCUCCCCCCCUGCCGCCACGCCGCCGCCUAGUGCCGGCCGCCUCCACCAUCGCCACCCCGUCACCGUCCCCCCGCGGCGCCCCCCCGUCCACACCCCCCCUCCCCGGUACGCGGAAGGCCCCGUCCGGGCCCCCCGCCGGCAACUGCGUCCGCCCCGACCCGCCCCGGCACCGGCCCUUGCUCCCCGGCUCCCAAGACGGGAUGCGUCCGACACCUGCCUACUGCCCCCCCCUACGCCGACCCCGCCCGUAUCUUCGGGCCCUACUGGGGAGGGGGGGGGAGGUGGGGGUCCCCCUCCCGCGAGUGCGCCUCCCCCAGCCCUCCACCCCCCCCCGCCAGGUCCCCGGGACCCGACGCCGAUCGGUCCCCCACGGCACCGGGUACCAGGCCGCCAUAGGUCUGCUCCCCUCCCCGCCGAGCCCCACGGCCGCGGGGCCCAACCGCCCCCCCCGCAUGUUCCGCCCACCAACUGUCGCGUGAUCCCCCCGGGCGCGGCGCGCCCUACCCCUCUGCCAGGGGCCGCCAGGCGGUCCCGCGACUACGCCCUCCCCCCCCCCGGCAAGUGGCCGGGAAGGCCGCCCCACGCUGCCACCCCCCCCCCCCACUCCCCCUGGCACCCCGCUGCUCGCGGGCGUGGCCCUGAGCGCCGCUCCUCCCCCCUCGUCCCCACCGGCGCUCCGUCCCGCCGCACCCCGGCGGGGCGUGCCAGCACCCCCCCCCCCCGCCCCCGCCCACGCCCCCUUCCCGCCCCCCGCCCCCGGUCACUAGCCUGGGAGGGCCCCACUGGUCAUCCCCCCCGCCGAGGAGAUCCCAGAGCCCUCCCCCAAAGCCGCUCUUCUCGACCUCCCCCCCCGCGAGGCGGCCCCCCCAUCCUUUGCCCCAUUCCUCGCCCACCGUCCGUCCCCAUCUGCCCCUCGCCUGCCGCCCCGCCGGAGCCAGCCCCCGAGGCCCCGGUAGUCGCCCCCUCCGCCCACUCCGGCGUUCUGUUUCGCGUGCCCACCGGGCGGGCGGCCCGCGCGGCAACGCAUCUGCCCCCCCGUGAUCCCCAGGGCACGCGCCGGCCACGCGGGCAACCCCCCCUCGACCGGCGCCCGCCGACCGCCGCGCCCGACGAGUCGCUCCACCGCCCCAGCAGCGGAGCUGGCCCCGCUCGCGCCCUGGCGCCCCGUCGGGACGGCCCCGCCAUGGGGCCCGCACGCCCCCCACACCGGCCCCCGGGGGUGUGGGGCACCCCCCUCGACCCCCGUUGCGCUCCCUUCCGCCCCCUGCCGCCGCCGCAGCGGCGUGCGCCCCACGGAGCGCCGCCCGGCCCUAUCCGCACCCCCGGCAACACCCCGUCUUCGCCCGGACGGCGCCCGCCCUCGCCUCCCGCCGGGCCCCCCGCGGGCAGCCGCGCCCGCUCGGUGCCCCCGAGCCCGCACACCAGUCGCGGCGUCACCGCCCCCGGGCGGGGCUCCCCUCCCCCCCUCCCGCCGCUGCCCUGCCCCCGCACUAGGUCGCCCGCCCGCCACCGUCCCGCCCCUCGCCCCGUGCGCGCCCGCCCGCCCCCCUGGGGGGGGCGCUUCUCCGCGCUCGCUCCAGCGACUGGUAUCUCCCGACCACUGCACCCCCCCCGGAGCGCGGUUCCAGGCCUCACCAGCCGUGUUGCCGGCCCCUCCCCGUGGCGCCCCCCCCCCCGCCCGGGCCCCGGCCGAACCCGCCGGCUCGACCUCCCGGACCAGGCCCGAGCCUGCCCCCCGCCCGCCCCCGCCGCCCCGCUCCCUGCCCCCGCCAACCACGGCCCCCUGUCUAUCUGCGCCCCCGCGCCCCACCCGACGCCGCCAUCAGACCGCCGGGUCCCUGACGCGCCUCGCCCCCCCCCCCCGCGCCCGCCAACCGCCCCCGAGCCUCCCGCCCGCCCACGUCCGGCCGGCGCCCCACGGCCCCUCUCCGCCGCCUCGUGUCCCCGUACCGCCCCACCCGCCCCCCGCUCCCCAGCCCCCGCCCUCGAGACCGCCCUCAAGCGGUCCCGGCCCCCGCGCAAGCCGGCCCCUCGCCCUCCCCCUGCCCCUUCCCCUCCGUCCCGCCUAACGCCGAAUCCCUCCCCCCUCGGUCACGACCCCCCCUCAACCACCCCCCUGACGCCACGCUCACCGGUCCCGCGCCUGCGUCUGUCCCCCCUCCCGGGCGCCUCGCCUCCCGCGGCAUGGCUCCUCCCGGCGGCGCGGCGGGCCCGGCACCGCGCCCGAGCACCACGCCCCACGUCCCCCCCCGAGGCCCCGACGCCCGCCCGUUCGCCAGCUGCGCGCCUCCCCCAGUGCCCCUCUCCCCCCCCUCGUGGCCCACUCCUGCGCCCCGGGUCCCCCCCCGCCACCCAGACCUCCACCAUCCCCCGGGCACCCCGCUCGACCCCCCCACGCACCCUGCCUACCCUGCCCCGCGGGGGCCCUCCACCCCCACUGCACUAUCCGCGCACCCGCCCACCGCGCCGGCCCCUCCCCCCCGCCCGGAUGUUGCGGACCCACCGGCCCCCCCCCCCCCCCGACUGUCCCUCCCGUCGGCGCCCUCCUCCGCCUGCGGCUCUGCACCAUGCUGCGUCCCGAGGGUUACCACACCCCCCGCCCCCGCCCCCCCCAACCCCCUCCCCCCGCACCCGCGGCCGCCUCUCUCGGCGCCUGGGGGGCGAGGCGACCCAGUCCAGCUGCCCAACCCAGCGCCCAUCCUCGCCACGCUCUCCCGCCCCCCCCCUUCCCGCGCCACCGAUCCACUCCCGUCCCCAACCACCCCCCCUGGUGGCCCGCCCCCCUCCCCUCCCCUCCCCCGCACUCACGCAUCGCCCGCCCCCUGCCCUCCCUCCCUCCCACCCCGUCCACACCCGCCACGCCCCGCGUUCAAUCCAGCGUCCCCCCGACAGCGUGUCUUCCGGCAACCCGCGCCCCGCACGCCAUCCCCCCCCCCUGCACCUCCCCAGCCACCUGACGCCGACACACCCCGGCCCCUGGGGACCCAAGACCCCACCGCCUCCACAGAGCUCGCGUCUGUCCGGCCACUGCAACGCCCCACGAUUCCACUCCACCACCCCUCCGAUCCCGCAGGCGCUCCCCGCCGUCAUCCUGACGCCCUCCGAUCCGUCCCCCCCCGCGCACCCCGGCUGCUCCCUAUCGGGGACCCCCUCCCCGGCUUCCCGGCCCCCCGGCUCCCUCCCCCGCCAGCGACCACCGCGACCCCCCCCCCCCACACUAUCCGACCCCCCACCGUCCACCGACGCCCCCCCGUCACCCGCCGCCCGCUCGUUUCCUCCCCGCCUGUCCGCUGCCCCGCCCAACAGGGUAGCACGCCGCCCCCGACCCCCCCCACCGCCCCUCCGCCUACUCCCGCCGCGCCGCCGCGCCCGCGAUUCCGCCCCCCCCCUCCCUCGCCGAGGCCCCUCAUGGGGGGAGGUCGUUGCCCCCGCUGUGCCCCCCCCCCCCCCCUUCCACCGGCGCCCACGCCCCCCGCCCGCCGGGCGGCGACCCCCACUCCCGCCCUCGCGCAUCGCGUCCCGGCCUUGUGCCGCGGCCACCCACCCCCCCCACCCCGCCCCCACCACCGGGCACCCAACCGCGGCCCAUCUGCCGGGAUCGCCACCUUGCCCCGGUCGACCCGACCGUCUAGGGUCCGCCCCCCCCCCGCCGGGCCCCCCCCGACUUACCCGCCUGGCGCCCACGGCCGCUCUCGGGGCCUCCCCCCCCGGCCAAGGUCCCCUUGACACCGCCCACCGGUCGCCCGCACGCACGACCCAUUGCGCCGCAACGGUGUGGCGGCCCGCACGCCUGCCGCCGUGCGCCGUCCACCCGGGACCACGUAACCCCCCCCCUCCGGCCCGGGUCCGACCCCCACCCCACCGCUCGGGACCCGCCCCCCCAGGCCACGAGAGCCCCCCCCACCAGCUCCUUUCCUCCCACACGGACAGCUCCUCCCGCGCGGAUGACCCGCGCCCCCCCCUGACGCCCGAGCCUCCCUCGCUGCCCAUCGCGUUCAACGACCUGCACCGAACCCCACCCUCAGAAUCCCCAGGCCGGCGGCGCCGCCGCUCCUGCCUUGCACCACCUCCCGCCCCGCACCCCGGGCCCGCGGCCGCCCCCGCGUGUCUUUCUCCCCUCCCCCGCGCUCUUGGGUCCCGCGACCCCCCUGGACGCCCGCUACCCGCCCCGGGGCCCCACCCGGCACCCGGCCGCGCCUCGUCCCAUGCCGCCCGUCCUAACCAACCUGCGCCUCCCAGCGCGCCGCGCGUCGAGACUGGCCCCGCCCGGCGCUCCCUACCCGGGCCCGUCCCCCUGCCGGCCCUGGCGGACGGGCCGCCCCGGGUCGAGCCGCGCCCGCCCCGGCACAACCUCGGGUUCCCUGCCUGCCCGCCCCCCCCUCCCAUGCUGCACGGUAGAUGGGGCAUCCGCUGUCGUCGCCCGUCGCUCCCCCCCCCGCCCGCCACUCGAGCCCGUGGCACACGGGCCGACACGACCCCGUCGGGCACCCCGCGCACCGCCAGCGCCCACGGAGACGAAGGAGGGUCCGCGCCACUGCCCGGCGUCGGCCCGGCCGCUCCACCCCAUUCCAAUCUACGGGUGUGGGGCCGCCGCGCACCCCCCGACCCCCCUUGCACCUGGCUGAUCCGCCCCUUCGGCGCAGCCUCUCGCCCCACGCCGGCCCGCCCCCCCCCCAAUUAG